UGUUUUGAUUUUUCCUGAUCCAAAAUUCCGCACGAUUUAGCAGCGAUUUUCUCUCGUUUUCCGGCUCUUAAUGACUAACAAUUAGUGAACGCGCAAUUCCGCACAGUAUUAAUGCGUUUGUGAUAAAAAUCAGUUUAUUUACUGCUCCAUACACAACGGUCUGUGGGCAAAUGGAGGCAAUUUUGUUCGAUACGCAUCAAAUUAAGUGAAGCUGGUGGACAAAUGUUUAGCAUCAAUUUUGUUUCGUGAAGUUGGACUAAGCGGACACGUCGUGAUUCGUGUGGUAGAGUGUCGUGUGCAGCCAAGUAUCCGGAAUGGAUUACGAUUAUUACGAUGACUACUACGAGGAAUACUACGACCAAUCGGAUGCACCGAGGCGGGCCUUCCAGCGCGAGAUGAAUCUCGAGGAAACGAUCGAAAGCUGUGUGCAUCCGUCGUUUCAGUUUGCCCUGGAGUACACCCUUAAUUUUGUCGUGACAAAUGUUCUCUUCAGCGUGGCCGUACGGCUAUUCAACCGUAAAUUGGCCCCCCAGCGGUACCUGCAUUUGCUGAGCUGCCUUUUCGGUGCGGCGCUCAUGUAUCGCGUGAUGGACUAUGGUUAUUUUCAUUUCCUGCAGCUAGCGAUCUCGCUAUACCUGGUACAAUUGGCACUGAACCGCUGGGUUGUCGACUCACGCAAUCGCCACAUCAAACCCUCAUUCGUGGUCACCUUCUGUGGUAUAGUGAACCUGCUGCUUAGCGAGCUACUGGCGCCUUCGCCCGAAUCCUGGAAUAGAGUACGAGGCACACAAAUGAUACUGCUAAUGAAGAUACUCUCGCUUUCCUUCGAUAUCGACGAUAACGGUACGACGAGGAAUCAUCUAAACCUGCUUUCUUACGCUGGCUACAUCCUUUGUCCGGCAAACGUUAUCCUUGGACCGUGGAUUUCGUUUAGUGAUUAUCUUGCCAUAUGGAGAAGUACACCGGCUGACACGAAAGGAGCACGAUCCGCGUCCGUUGGUCGCCAGUUGGUGAUCUAUGUAUUCCGAGUAUUCACUAGCGCCCUCCUAUCGAUCGGGUUUCUGCUAACAUCCAACUGCUUCAUCGACUAUUUGCUCGGUCCGACCGGAAACAGCUGGAAAUGGAUUCGAGCGUACAGCAGAGCUCUAUCCUUCCGCACCAGCCAUUACUUCGUCGCCUACCUUUCGCAAUGCACGAUGAUUGCGGCCACCAUCGAACGGAACAGAGGAUCAACGGACGACCCGCGUGAAUCGUGGAUGAUACCAAGCUCAUCUAUUUACCGUGUAACAUCUCCGCAGGCCGUGGAGUUUCCCCGAUCCAUGGUGCAGAUCGUAACGGCCUGGAACAUACCGAUGCAUCACUGGCUGAAGCGUUACAUUUUCCGCUCAACCAAACGAUCGCUCGGUACGGCAAUGGCGAUCGCCGUCACUUAUGUGGUCUCUUCCCUUCUCCACGGUUUACACUAUCGAUUGUGGGUGACGCUACUCAGUAUCGGGGCCUGGACCUAUGUAGAACAUGAGCUUCGGAAAAAGAUUGCCACCAUCUAUUCGGCUUGCGUGCUUGUUGGACGAUGUCCGAGCCGCUGUACAGCCCAUACGCAUCGAGCGGGAAGCCUCUUCAGCAUCGUCAUAAAUACGCUGUUCUUCUUGCUGAACGUUUUCAAUCUUAUCUACCUCGGAUGUAUCUUCGAACCGACGGAACGAUUGCCUGAGGAAAGCAAACGCGAUCUAUCGAUUUUCGCGCCCUGGGCCGAACUCCACUUCGUCUCGCACUGGGCACUUGCCUUUGCUUAUCUGUUUUUCCUGAUCAUAUGAUCCAUCACUGUGACAGUCGUCUAGUCAAGUACCUUCUGCCUCUCUAUGAUAGCAAAUAUCAGCAGUAGUGUCUUUGUAUGCCCAAUCCUGCCCGAAGGGGAUAUCACUCUCCCAUUUGCCUAUUAAGCCACUGGUCAAUUCAGUAUGUCAAUAAGUGAUCGCGAUAAGUCCAACUCCUACAGUGACAAUGUGAUACAUAUGUGUUGGAAUGCGGCGAAUGGAAGCGUAACUUUUUUAAAACAGUGAUAUAAGCAACAACCAGUAUAUUAGGCAUUCUCAGAAACGCACUCUUUCUUCUUCUGGCAUCUGUCUUUUUGGCUAAAUAAAUAUGCAAUGAA